UGACGUAAACACUACAGUAAAGCAAGGGCUGUGGUGAGGGCUAGCUAUUCAUUAAAGUUGAAAUAUUAAUAUGGUUUUGUUCACCCAGUUUUAUCGAUAAAGAUUUUGAUCAGUCAGAAGUGAUGUGUCGCAGCGGGAGCCCGCGCAGGGCGCGUUCAGAUUGACAUCAUGGUCUGCGUGUGACCUCUGCAUCUCUCCUGACCGAUGGAAAAUCUGUGUCUUCAGCAAAUGUGAAGUGACCCAUGUGUCUGCUGCUGAUCGACAUUUGUUUCUCGUCUCCUGAACGUUGAAUUGAAUCCCGACACUGCUGAAAGCCUGCCGUCUGCCAUCAUGUCUCUGCCCGAGGAUCGUGGGAAAGAAAGAGAGCGCGGCGCACGUCCUAAAGUGCGCCAGAGCCGGUCCGAGGAGAGAAGAGAUGGGGGAAGGAGAAAGGGGGUGAGAGGGAAAAAGAAAAGCCACCCGUCACAUGACCUGGCCUCCGAGCGGCCUGUGAGCGAUGGCUUUGAGUACGGCGAUCUGUUGAACGGCCUGCACGGAUCCAGCGAAGGCGGCUCUUCCUCUCCCGUAACAGAACACAGGAGAUGGCAGGUCCUGGGCUCAUCGGGAUCCUUGUUAUCGGAGAAGGUUUCUGCCAGACCGUCGCUAAGCUCGCCCACCGCCGACCUCGGCUGUGAUGCGGACAGCAAGUCCUCUGGUGGCAGCCGCACGCUUCGGCAGAAGAUCCAGGACGCCGUAGGACAGUGUUUCCCGAUCAAGAGCCACAGCCAGGGUUUGUCACAGCCUGCCCCGGCGACGGCCCCGUGUUCCUCCAGACGUAAGAUCCACCUGAGCGAGCUCAUGCUGGACAGCUGUCCGUUCCCGGCCGGUUCUGACCUGGCCCAGAAAUGGUACCUCAUCAAGCAGCACACAGCUCCCCUUUCUCAAGAGCACAUCCCAGAUUCCUCCGCCGCCGCCACGCUCGCCGCCGCCAUGCCCGUGGAGGACGAGGAAGAUCGUUUACGGGAGAGACGACGAAUAAGCAUCGAGCAAGGCGUGGAGCCGCCGCCCAAUGCCCAGAUCCACACGUUCGAGGUGACGGCUCAGAUAAACCCGCAGUAUAAACUGGGACCCAAACUGGCGCACGGAAUGAACGAGCUGGCCGGAGACGAGCGGGCCACGCUGCAUCAGCUGCUGCUGCAGAGCUGUUUGGACACGCUGGACGAGGUCGCCGCUGCAUCGUCCGUGACGGCCGACGUCGAGCUGGGCGCCGCCUCUCCUUCCGCCCCUUCCCUGACGGGGGCGACGUUAGUUCAGAUGGACAGCCCCAAAUCGCAAGACGGACAGCACCGCGUUCACACGCAGAUCGAUUACAUCCACUGUCUGGUGCCUGACCUGCUCCGAAUCACUAACCUGCCCUGUUACUGGGGCGUCAUGGACCGAUACCAGGCUGAGACGCUGCUGGAGGGCAAACCCGAAGGCACGUUUCUGCUCCGCGACUCCGCGCAGGAGGAUUACCUGUUCUCCGUCAGCUUCCGGCGGUACGGCCGCUCGCUUCACGCGCGCAUCGAGCAGUGGAACCACAACUUCAGCUUCGACGUGCACGACCCCAGCGUGUUCCACGCGCCGACCGUCACGGGCCUCCUGGAGCACUACAAGGAUCCCAACUCCUGCAUGUUCUUUGAGCCGCUGCUGUCCACCCCCACCCACCGGACGCAUCCCUUCAGCCUGCAGCACAUCUGCCGCGCCGUCAUCAGCGGCUGCACCACGUACGACGGCAUCAACGCACUGCCGCUCCCCAACGCGCUGAAGGAGCACCUCAAGGAGUAUCACUACAAGCAGCGCGUGCGCAUCCGCAGGCUGGAUGCCUGGUGGGAGUGAGAGACGGACGUCUGGAAAGAGACCAAAAGUGCCAUUCCUCUUCCUGGAAGAACCUCUGCUGCACACAAAAGACGCGAGUGCCUUUCUGAUGUUUGAAUGAAGAACUGUGGUGUAGCUCCUCCUCCUCAUGUUAGGAUCGCGGGGUUCACCGCAUCACCGCUGGAGUAUUUCAAGAGACGGUUCACUUAAAAAAUCAUUCAUUCCCCCUCACUCUGUAUGCGAGGCUUUUGUUUUCCAGAGGAACACAAAAGAAGAUAUUUUGAGAAAUGUCUCGGCGGUUUUGUGUUCAUACAAUGGAAGUCAAUGGAGUUCGAUGAUCAACAUUCUUCAAAACAUCUUCUGUUGUGUCCUGAAGAAGAAAGAAACUCAUACAGGACACGAGGAGGAAGAAAAGAACUCUCAAGUUUGGGUGAACCGUCCCUUUAAAACAGCACUGUAACUACAAUAUUUUCUUUUUUAUCAACAAUAGUGUUGCGUUGGUUUCCUCUGUGCUAGGUGAGUUUCCUGUAGGACAUGAAAAUGUUUUAUAGAUUCAUAAAUGAUAUUCUCACUGCUGGAUCACACAUUCCAGACAGAUUCAUGUCAGAUCACAGGCGGCCACUGGAUGAAACGACACUGGAAACUGGUGUUUAUGGAUUGGGUGGACGGUACCGGUGUUAGUCUACAUUAGGUGAAGGAGUGAUGAGGACUCGGUUUAAUCUUUAUUAGUUUGAUGUGAAUGUUGACGUGGACCAACCAUGUAUCAUCUUUGAAGCUCCGCCCCGCUGUCUGGAUCACUCAAUACAUUCACAGUUCAAGUGUUGACAUGCAUGUUUGAGUAAACAAAUCAACAACAUUUAACCAACAGACACACGUUUGCAUGUGUGGUUUUUUUAUCCAUGUGGGAGUCUGUAUCUGUUUGCUGCAGAUGCGGACGUGCCAGUGAGAAUUUACACAUCUCAUAUGAAGUUUGAGAAACAUCAUUCUCUGUUCAUCUUUAAAUGAAACAUCUCAUUAGCACUAUAUUAGAAUGUAAAUGAUUAAUUUAAUGUUUUUGAACAGUUUGACAAGAAAAGAUUUCAUUUACUUGGAUACAGUACAAAGGGAAAAAGCAUCUUUUGCAUCCAAGUGUUUGUCUGCAGUGACAUGAUCUCGCGAAGACAGAACAAGGUUAGCAUAUUUAUAAAAUGAAUUUGCUGUUUUUUUACUGAAUCUUUUGUACAUGUAGGCGUGUCACAGGUCAAGUCUGGGUAGAUGUGAAUGAGUGAGCAGACGGCGAGGAUGUUAACAGUGUACGGUGAUUGCCGGAAGAUUUUGGACCAUCAUGAAUGUCACACUUUUUCAAGAGCAUCUCUUAUCACAGCUUGCCUCGUUUUUUACACUGAUGUUUAUUUAUUUUGUUUUGCCUAAAAUACUUUGUGUUUGUGACGUACGUUUCUGAUUUAUUAAAACCUAGUGUGAAUAAUUCCACUGCUGUGUAUGAUGUACUAAAAGCACAUAUUAAUAAA